UCUGUUUGCCUCAAUUCUCACGUUCUUCACAUCUCUUCUUUGGAGUUUUUCUUUGCCAUUAUAAUUUCCUUAGGUGGUUUUGAUAUCAAGAAGCAUACACGGACACUCCACCUUUUAGUGAAAGUAGCGAUCAUUGCGUUAUAGUUUCGUUCAUUAGCAACUGCUGAGGAACAUCAUCGUAUCGCACAUUGGUUCACUGGUCCGCAAAGCUUUCCGCUGCUGGUGCGAUAUAUAGAAGAAUUCCGCUCUUGGUACAGUAGUAGAGUGGCAUCCCUUUACUCUCGGAAACACUCUUUUCCCCGUUUUCCAGGAAGAAUUGUGAAAGCCACUUUUUUUCACAAUGCCGCGCCCAUCUUAUGACCCAGUGGCGAACCCAAACUUCUCCCCGGAUUCCAAUAUCUCUCCCGAUCCCAACCGUAACUCCAGCUUUCUCGACCCAGAAGCGAACAACCUUUUUGGGAGGCCCGGGUCCGAAUAUGCCCCAGCACCAUCGCUCAUGAGCCGUGACUCAACAGCAGCAAGCAUGAAUCUUGCCGGGGGGACACCAUCUCUGGCUGGCACACAUAGGGAUAGCUGGGGCAGUGGAGUAGGGCUGACUGGUGCUGAAGGAGCUACCAAUGGCAACCGUAACCCAGGUCGAUCUGGCCUUGCUCAUUCAACUGUUGCUUAUGAAAGCGGCGAUCGAUUAUCCACCAGCGAGGAGGACGACGAGCAGGGCCACAUCACACCCGCGGUGGCAGCCAUUGGAGCGGGAACAGCAGCACGAGGAUUCAGUGAAAAGCCAAGAUGGGCAGACCACGAAUCUGGCCAGGGAAAGAAGAACAGGAAGUGGCUGUGGGCGGCUUUGGCAGCUUUGCUGAUUGUUGCUAUCGGCCUCGGUGUUGGCCUUGGUGUCGGUCUCACCCGAAACAAGGACAGCAAAAGCCUCGUUGCUUCCGCUGGUAAUGAAAAUUCUUCAUCCCAGGCUCCGUCGGGCACAUCUUCCGUAUCGGGAUCAACGACAGCUACAUCAACUAGCGCCACUGCUUCUGCUACUCCCACUACCGGCACUCAAGGCUCCCUCAUCACUUUGGAAGACGGUUCCACGAUGACUUAUGACAAUCCCUACGGCGGUAAGUGGGUAUGGGACGAGGCCAACCCGUUCAACAACGAAGCCCAAGCCAACUCUUGGACCCCGGCACUGAAUCAAAACUGGACAUGGGGUCAAGAUAAAGUCUUUGGUGUUAACCUCGGUGGUUGGCUUGUUACUGAGCCCUUCAUCGUCCCCGGCCUUUACGAAAAGUAUGCCAACGGCUCUGCCGGCACUGCUAUCGACGAAUACACCCUUUCUAUCAACAUGGGUGACAACCUUACUGAUGCCCUCACGGAACAUUACGAGACAUUCAUUACCGAGCGUGACUUUGUCGAAAUUGUCGCUGCGGGCCUCAACUGGGUGCGAAUCCCUAUUCCCUUCUUUGCUAUCGAGGUCUGGGAGGGCGAGCCUUUUCUACCCAAGGUUUCAUGGGAAUACUUUUUGAAAGCUAUCAAAUGGGCCAGGAAGUAUGGAUUGAGGAUUAACCUUGACCUUCACUCUGUUCCCGGUUCUCAAAACGGCUGGAACCACUCUGGCCGCCAAGGAUCCGUCAACUGGCUGAACGGUGUCAUGGGCCUUGCUAACGCUCAACGAUCCCUCGACUACGUCCGUACGCUCGCACAAUUCAUUGCUCAGCCCGAGUACGCUCCUGUCAUCCAGAUGUUUGGAUUCCUCAAUGAACCCAACGGCAAUGCUAUCAGCAAAGGCCCCGUCGCCUCCUUUUACAUUGAGGCCCACAACAUUAUUCGCGACAUUACUGGUAUCGGCGCCGGCAACGGUCCAAUGCUCUCCAUGCACGAUGGAUUUUUGGGAGUUGCUGCGUGGUACGGCGAUCUUGCUGGUGCUGACCGUAUGAUGCUCGACCAACACACCUACAUGGUCUUCCAGGACCAGCCUCAGGGUACUCUUGACACUCUUAAAACGAUGCCAUGCCAAUGGUGGGCUUCGUCCACCAACACCACCUCCCAGCAGUGGGGUCCCAAUACCGCUGGUGAAUGGUCUGCGGCCUGGAACGAUUGCGGUAAAUGGGUGAACAAUGUUGGAAGUGGAUCGAGAUACGAUGGAACUUAUGAUGGUUAUGCGGACAAGGUGACCGGCAGCUGUGAUUACUGGAACGACUAUACCCAAUGGAACGCGAGUACCAUCGAGGCGUUGAACCACUUUGUCUCUGGUAGUAUGGAUGCUUUGCAGAACUUUUUCUUCUGGACUUGGAAGAUUGGAAACAGUACCGACGCUAUUCAGCAGCCCAACCCAUUCUGGCACUACCGUCUCGGUCUCGAGAAGGGAUGGAUUCCCAAAGACCCUCGAACGGUUGCUGGUACCUGCCAGGCAGACGGCGUAUCGAUGAACAACUUUGACGGAACGUUCUCCAAUGCCUACGUGACUGGUGGUGCCGGUGCUGGUACCAUUGCGGCGUCCGCGUCCUCUUCCUACCCCUGGCCGCCUGCUUCGUUCACCAACGUCGCCUCGGACUCCAUAUCUCUCCUCCCUCAAUAUACCCAGACGGGUACUCCUAUUACCAUGCCCGGACCUACAUUUACCUCUCCCGGGUCUACUGCGACCAUCAGCGCGGGUAGCGGAUGGUAUAACGCGAAUGCGAAUGAUAGGCAGGCAUAUGCCGCUAUCAGCGGGUGUAGCUAUCCUGCAGAGUAUUCUGCGGCCGAUUUGGCUAUUCCGACGGGUGCAUGUGGUGCGGGGUUGAGCCAGGCGAACAAGAGGUCUGCUCAGCCUACUCCUGCUCCUACACGAUGAUAGGGGCGUAGUAGUUGACUGGUUUGUGCAAGGACAAUGAUGGCUGCAUUGUUCGGCCUUGGCUGUGUUGAACAAUGGACGAUCGGGGGUUGGUGAACUUUGGUUAUCUCUCCUUUACAGUACAUGCUUCAUUUUUUAUCAACAUUAUAUUCGCCCAUUUAUCAAUUUUCCGCAUAUUAUUUAUCUGUAUUGUGUAAUUCCUUCUUCAUGGACGAUAGUUUGAUUAUUAUAUUUGAUUGGUUUUGAUAAAUAUGUAACGUGUAUCUAUAAUGAUCAUCAGUAGGUUUAGAGUAUACUUGCCCUAUCCAGAUUGAAAUUUCAGUUUUAUAGAUUGUACCAGCAGAGAGUCACGUUUUUUACACUUGGCAAUGAGAAUGGUUCUUU